AAAUACAAAACCAAGUGAAAGGAACAUUAAUUAAAUAGCCACACAUACAGCCGAAUUGUGUUUCAACUCGCUGCUACGGAGCAUUGAGCAUUUGCUGCCGCCGGCUGUAUCGCUCGCCGCCGUUCAAUCCUUCCGAGGAUAGAGCCAACUUUGGCGACCUUGAAAAAUAGGUAGCGCUGGGUGUUAUUUUGAAGGGAAAAGAUAAGCAUUAUGAGAACAACAUUAGUGAGACAGAAGGGUAUCAAGAUUUAUUGGAAAUAUUACAGUAGUCUUUGCCAUCCCAAGGUGAAUGAGACACGUUCUUCAACAAACUUGCGUUCAUUUAGCAGCUCCAACAAAUUCAGCGAUUACUCUGAUGAAUCCGCUGAAUCCAACUAUCCUCCUCCUCCUGAGCCUAUACCAAAUAGGCCCUUACGAGCUGAUUCCAGGAGGCCCUUCAAUCCAUCCCAAAGACAGCAUCCAAGCAACAGAAGCAGCCCCAAUCAUUCUACAACUUUUAGAAGAUCCAGUGAGAACAAUGAAAGUCAAAUGAAAUCCCAGGAUAGUGAAGAUUUUCUGAAAAGAUUUCAGCUUGGAUUUGAUCGUAAAGAGGAAAACCCAAACACAAACCCCAAAGCUGAAAGUAGAGACUGUCCUGUUUCAGAGGCACCUCCAGCUCCACCAGAAGAUGCUGAUGAGAUAUUCAAGAAAAUGAAAGAAACUGGCUUAAUACCUAAUGCUGUAGCAAUGCUUGAUGGGCUCUGCAAGGACGGCUUGGUACAGGAAGCGAUGAAGCUCUUUGGCCUGAUGCGUGAAAAGGGUACAAUACCUGAAGUUGUUAUCUAUACUGCUGUGGUAGAUGGCUUUUGUAAAGCCCAAAAAUUUGAUGAUGCUGUGAGGAUUUUCCGUAAAAUGCAAGGUAAUGGCAUUAUUCCUAAUGCUUUUAGUUAUGGUAUCAUAAUCCGCGGGCUCAGUCAGGGCAAGAGAUUAGAUGAUGCACUUGAGUUUUGCUUGGAAAUGUUAGAAGCUGGACAUUCACCCAACGUGGUAACGUUUGUGACUUUGGUUGAUGGAUUUUGCAAGGAGAAAAGUCUUGAAGAUGCACAAAACAUGAUCAAAACAGUGAGGCAAAAAGGGUUCAUCGUUGACGAUAAGGCUGUUAGGGAAUUUUUGGACAAGAAAGGGCCAUUUUUGCCAGUGGUUUGGGAGGCAAUCCUUGGGAAAAAAGCUUCACAGAGGCAAUCUAUUUUCUAAAAAGUUCUUUUUUUUUCCUCUGAAAUAUUCUAGAGUUUUAUCGACAUAUGGACAAUAUGUAUGAGUAUUAUCAUUUUAUUCAAAUUUUAAUAGCAUUUUAAUGCCUAUUUGGAUUGUUGCA